AAAAAUGUGCUAAGUAAGAUAGGAAAGAAUGAAUUUUUGGGUUGAUUCAUCUAAUCUAAAUCUCCUUCAUUUCAUCUCACUUUUUACAUAGAACCACCCUUUCUUUCGUUCUCUCUCUUUCUUUCCUUCGCCCCCCUUAUUUUACACUCCCCUAUUUUCUUUUCUUUUCUUUCUCAAAGUUUUCUUCAGUUGAAGCAACUCACCCACACGCCUUUCUCUCUCUUCUUUUGCUCUUCAAAUCUUCUUAUUUUCUCUCUUAUAAAGUAUAUGUUAUAUGCUAUAUAGUCAAAGAUUUAUGAUGAUUUCUAGUGAUUAUUAUUGAUUUAAAGAAGAGAUUUUGGGAACUGGGUUUUGGGUGAUUACUGUUUUGUUUGAAUCAAGAUAUCAAAGAGAAGUUUUUUAUAUUGUAAAAAAUAAAUUAAGAAUUUUGUGUGUAUAGUUUGACUGGGAAAUGGGGUGUUUUUCUUGUUUUGAAUCAAAGGAAGAAGAAAGAUUGAAUCCAACUUCUGGUGAGAAAGAUGAUCGCAAAGAUGCUUCUCCUUCUUCUAAUUCUAAUAUCUCUAAAUUAUCAUCUGGAGCUGAUCGGCUGAAAGCAAGAAACAAUGUCGGGCCAAGGCGAGAAUCAUCUGUUCCCAAUGAUGGACCUAUGGCCAAUAUUAGUAGCAGUGCCCAUACAUUCACUUUCCGCGAGCUUGCAGUUGCCACCAAGAACUUUAGGGAUGAAUGCUUCCUUGGGGAAGGGGGUUUCGGGCGUGUUUAUAAAGGGCAGCUGGAGACUGGUCAGGUUGUUGCUGUUAAGCAAUUGGACAGAAAUGGUCUCCAAGGAAACAGAGAGUUUCUUGUAGAGGUUCUUAUGCUCAGUCUUUUACAUAAUGACAAUUUAGUGAAUUUGAUAGGAUAUUGUGCUGAUGGUGACCAGAGAUUACUUGUAUAUGAAUACAUGGCGCUGGGAUCUCUAGAAGAUCAUCUCUUUGAUCUUCCACCUGAUAAAGAACCGCUUGACUGGAAUACCAGGAUGAAAAUCGCUGCUGGAGCAGCCAAAGGUUUGGAGUACCUCCAUGAUAAAGCAAACCCUCCCGUUAUUUACAGAGAUUUCAAGUCAUCUAACAUAUUGUUAGAUGAAGGAUUCCAUCCAAAGCUCUCUGAUUUUGGGCUGGCUAAAUUAGGACCUACUGGUGACAAGUCACAUGUUUCUACUAGGGUGAUGGGCACUUAUGGUUAUUGUGCCCCUGAAUAUGCUAUGACAGGACAACUGACGGUGAAGUCUGAUGUUUACAGUUUUGGAGUAGUUUUCUUAGAACUGAUAACUGGUCGCCGAGCCAUUGAUAGUGAUCGUCCUCAUGGAGAGCAGAACCUUGUAGCAUGGGCACGCCCUUUGUUCAAUGACCGCAGAAAGUUCUUGAAAUUGGCAGACCCUCAGUUACAAAGUAGAUUUCCAACAAGAGGACUUUACCAAGCUCUGGCUGUUGCAUCCAUGUGCAUACAAGAAAAUGCAGCUGCUCGACCCCUUAUUGGAGAUGUUGUAACAGCACUCUCUUAUCUGGCUAACCAAGCAUAUGAUCCAACUAUGAAAGAUAGGAGCAGAGAUGAGAAUGGUGGAAGAAUUGCAAGGGGUGAAGAUGGUGCUAGUUCAGGGAGAAAAUGGGACUUAGAAGGCUCAGAGAAAGAUGACUCCCCAAGAGAAACAGUCAGAAUGUUGAAUAAGGAUUCAGAUAGAGAACGUGCUGUUGCUGAGGCCAAAAUGUGGGGUGAAAAUUGGCGGGAAAAGAGACGACAAACUUUGGAUUUGGAAGGUGGGUCUGAAAAGGACGACUCCCCAAAAGAGACCGCUAGGAUGUUGAAUCGGGAUUCAGACAGAGAAAGAGCUGUUGCCGAGGCCAAGAUGUGGGGAGAGAAUUGGCGGGAGAAAAGAAGGCAAAGUGCUCAAGGCACAAAUGACAACAUAGAAGGGUGAUUCUCCCUUCAGCUUGUACAGUGUCAGAAAAGCAGAGAUGCUUCGGGCAGGCUAACUAGAUUCCGGUUUAUGCCCUCGUGUUUUCAUCUUUUUUUUGCCUUACCAACUUACAAAAUGUGUUGAGGCUUUGUAUGGAGGAUCAGAAAUGCCCACCAUGUAUGGUUGAUAUUAGUUUCUUUUCCCCCCUCUUUUUUUUUUUUUUCUUUUUUUCCUUUUUCUUGACAAGAUUGGCAGAUAUGAGGAGAAAUCAGAUGACGACGGGGGUAUAUUGCAUAGAAGAAUCAGAGUGUAUAUCUUCGGUAAGAAAGAAAAAAAGGCAGCUUUGGCUCCUUUUAAAACAUUUCAGUAUGCAGUCAUUUUGCUGAGCUUGUUUCUUUUCCGCAAUUGCGGAUGGCAGGUUCUUUCUUGGUUCUGCAUUUUUAGGAAAUACUCAAUGGAUUUGGUACUUAUACCAUUGUUGAGUGUUAUAAACUUAUAAUACAGCAGCUUGAAGCACUCUAUAUCAUAUUCAUCCAUGUUUGAUGUU